AUGACAGAUGAUUUACAUGCAUUAGAGACAAAUAAUACUUGGUCAGUUGUACCCUUACCUGCAGACAGAAAAGCAUUGGGCUUUGCUAAAUUAGUUACAGUAAAAUUACUCCUUGCAUUAGCUGCACAACAUUCAUGGCCUUUAUUGCAUCUGGAUGUCAAUAACGCUUUCCUUAAUGGUUCUGGUUCUACCUAUGUGGUUUUGUUGGUCUAUGUUGAUGACAUAGUAUUAAUUGGUGUGUCUUUGGGUGAAAUAAACUUAGUGAAAGAUCGCUUGAGUAAUGAGUUUAAACUUAAGGAUUUGGGCAACCUCAAGCAUUUCUUAGGUCUAGAAAUUGCAAGAUCUAAACAAGGUAUUGUUGUCUCCCAACGAAAAUAUACAUUAGAUUUGCUUCAAGAUACAGGCAAGCUUGCUACUAAAACCACUGGUUAUCCAAUGGAUCCAAAGCUUAAAAUUUCCAAUUUUAAUGGAGAUCCUUUAGAUGAUCCUGCACAAUACAGACGCUUAAUUGGAAGACUAAUGUAUCUGACCAUUACCAGGCCAGAUAUAACAUAUGCAGUACAUAGAUUGAGUCAAUACAUUACAUAUCCUAAAAAGCCACACAUGGAAGCUGUCACUCAUUUGUUAAGAUACUUGAAACAUAAUCCGGGUCAAGGUUUGUUUUUGUCAUCCAAGCAAUCUUUACAACUGCGGGCAUUUAGUGAUUCGGAUUGGGCUGGUUGCCCAAACACAAGAAGGUCAAUCACUAGGUUUUGUAUCUUCAUUGGUGAUUCAUUAAUUUCUUGGAAAUCUAAGAAGCAAACAAUUGUUUCAAGGUCAUUUACUGAAGCUGAAUACAGGGCAUUAGCUGCAACUACAAGUGAGAUUAUAUGGCUCAAACAUUUGUUACAAGCAUUUAAGAUUGACACAUUACAACCAACUCUUCUCUUUUGUGAUAAUGAAUCGGCAAUCAAACUUGCUUCUAAUCCCAUCUUCCAUGAACGCACGAAACAUAUUGAACUUGAUUGUCAUUUCAUACGUGACAAAGUGAUUGAUAAAACAAUUAAACUGAUGCCUAUUCGAUCUCAACGUCAAUUGGCUGAUGUGUUCACUAAACCUCUUCCUAAAGCAAAGAUGUGA